CUGCUGCACGUUGCUCACAUUUCACUGACUGAAGGGAAGAGAGAAAAAUAAGAAUAAUCUAUAAAUAGAGAGGAUCAGGUGAAUGGAGAUUGCUGCAGACCCCUGGCUGGAGGGGGGAGGCGGUAUAGAGAGGGCUUGAGAUGGGGAGCUGGUGUCUCGCAGAGCAUGACAAGUAGAAGCAGCCUGUGCACACAAGGAGGGGCGUCGUGGGCUCUGCCAGAACCUGGUCCUAUUUCUCCCCCAGAGAACCAUCCUCAGCCGGACUAUGAGGCUCUGACCCCAGCUGGCCAUGGGCAGGAGCCAGAGCGCCUGGAGGCGGCAGGUGGUCAAGGCGCGUCCCAAGGUUCCAGGAGCUUCUGGUGGUGGGACUGAGGAUGGGUCCAGCUUCCAGCCCCUGCCUGCCUGGAUGAGGCUUUAUGUCUAUGGGAUGCACGGCCUGACUCUGGACGUGGUGACCUCCUGUGCCCGCAGCUUCCCCCACAGCCAGGACUACCACCUGCUGGGCUUCUCCUCGCCCUACCGCUGCCUGCUGCACGCCCUCAGCCACUUCGCCCUGGAGAAGUUAUACCUGCAGAGGAAGAGCUUCCCGGAGAGCUCCUUGGCUUUCCACCUGGUCUUCUACCCGUCGGUGUUUGUGGGCCUGCAGAUCCUGCUCAGGAAGACCCUGCUCCAGUACUGCCCCCAUGAGCGGGUGCUCAGUGCCGAGGAGCUGGGGCUCCAGUAUGCCCUGUCUAUCUACCAUUCCCAGGUGUUCCUCAAGAGCUUCCUGAAGCUGCAGUACCAGGGCUGGGAGGGGCAAUGCACCACCACCACCAACCCUGGGGUCAGCCAUGGACCUAGGCUCCCAGUCUUCCUGCGCUUCCUCUUCUUCGGCAUGCAUGGCUUUUUGGACGAGGUCUUCUUCACCUCUGUCUUCAACUUCAUGGAGAAGCCAGGAAGCCCUCUGAGCGGCCAUACCUCCCUGUGGUCCUUCUUCAUGUAUGGCAGCUGUAGCUUGGUGGUGGAGAAGCUCUACUUCUACCUGAGCUAUGACAGAGGAUGGGGCCCCUGGAAGAGGCUCCCUGUCUACAUCUUGUUUGUAUAUGCCUGGGAGUUCUCAUGGGGGAUAGGGCUGAGGACAUGCAAUGCUUGCUCCUGGGAUUACUCUCAUUAUCCUCUGAAUUUCAUGGGCUUGGUGACCCUCAUGUAUUUGCCAGGAUGGGUGUUUCUAAGCUUUUAUCAGGACUUGUUGUCUAAGAUGCUGUUUAGAGUACAUUAUGUGUAGGUUGGCACUGCAGGAGUGAAGGUCCUGGGACAUAUUGAAAUUUUUCUAAGGUAUUCCUUUGGGUUGCAGGAAAGACCUUCCCAAACCCAGUCCUCAAGAGUCCACCAAGAGUCUAAGAUUUAGUCAUUCCUUACUACUUUGGGGAUCCUGGCAAAGCUGUUUCUUUGCUGAUCCUCAAAAACUUGGACCAUUGGUGUGCCUUGAAGACAGGGUGGAUGACCACUGCCCUAGUGCAUGCUUAUGAUGACAAAGACCAAGGUCAGUAACCAAGGACUAAGGAAGUGUUGCAUGAACAAUCCUGAAGUCCACAAGUGAGGUUGGGUAGCUUUUAAAAUGACUUGACACUGUUGAACUUGAACAAUGUGUAGGAUUUUGUUUUAUACUUACAAUGUCAAAAGAUCUCAAUUUUUGUAUAAUCUUAGAAGCUUGGACUAUACUUAAAUUAAUAUGGUUAUCAACUUAGUUCUUUACCAGCCUGGACUGAACUUUCACAUUGUGUGAGACCUUUCGAUGUUAUCUACAAGGUCACCGAAAAGAGACUUUACAAGAUUGUGAUGGGGUUUUCUAAUAGGGUCAGGUAAAUAGUUUUUAUGUAACGAUUUAGAAUGAAAAUGAAUUCAGGAUUAUUUUUUAUUGGCCAUUCCAAUUUUAGACAUAACAAUUGCAUAGGAUUUGAAAAGAUUCACAUUUUUCUUUUUUUAUUUGUAACCUUUUUAUUCGUAUGAUGUUUAAGACUUGUUUAAGAGGAUUGUGAUCAAGCUCUAUAUGAUUAUGAAAUGAAUAUACAUAUUUGCUAGUCAAGGGGAAGAAUUACAGUUUUGCUGUAGAUAAAUAUGCAGAAGUUAUAUUUUCCCCCUAUUUUUCUCUUAGUUUCUGGCAAUUUGUUCCAUUGCAUUUUUUUUAUUUUAAUGUUUGAUUAUUAUUUUUUUGUUUAAAUGGCUAAAUUGCACUAAUACGCACCUUGGGUACAGACACAACCUACAAGAAAGUAGUGAAUUCCAUUCCAAGUGCAAUAUAACACAAGCUCUGUCACAACUGCAUUAUUGUGAGACUCAAUAUUGCUAAUGAAUUUAUAACAUAAUAU